AACUUUGCAACAGUCUUCUAUUCGUUUCGUCUUACAACACGCAGCAUCUUUGCGUUGAUGCGAAACGAUUUACAAGUUUUAAUCUACUUAAAAGUAAUUUUCCAUUGUUGGAAUCCCUUGGUGGAUGAGUUGUGGAUAAUAAGGGCAAGAAUUUGUUGUAUCGAGGUAAUUCGAAGUCAUGGCUUAUCAACUGUAUCGAAACACGACCCUAGGCAACACGUUGCAAGAAACAUUGGAUGAGCUUAUUCAAUUUGGACAAAUCACUCCACAAUUAGCCCUUAAAGUUCUUGUUCAUUUCGAUCGUACAAUGAACAACUCUUUGGCUCAGAAAGUAAAAAAUAGGCUGACAUUCAAGGCAGGAAAACUUAAUACAUACAGGUUUUGUGACAAUGUUUGGACAUUCCUGCUAAGCGAUGUUGAAUUUCGUGAUGUCUCUGAACUUUGCAAAGGGGAGACUGUCAAAAUUGUGGCGUGUGAUGGGAAAGCUGUCCCGCCAACCAAGGAUGAUUAAUAUUUCACAAAACUUCAUAUCAUUUCUGUGUUUAUGUAUUUGCUGGCUCAAGCAAAAAUAAUAAAAAUCAGGUUUUUUAAGUUA